CUGGAGUCACUGUCCAGACCCAGCUCAGGUUCCUACAGUACUGACUACCGUUCCAGACGAUGCAGGUGUUCGUGGUGUUCCUGGUUGCCGUGGUCACUGCUGUGGCUGCAGCCUCCUUGUUCUCGAAGGACCCCGCGCUCGAGGACCCCUGGCAGGAGUGGAAGGGGCUGCACGGGAAGCAGUAUUCAGAGGAGACCGAGAGCUACAGGAGGAUGGUUUGGGAAGACAACUGGCGUUUCAUCGAGCAGCACAACCAGGAGCACGCUGCAGGGAAACACUCCUACAAGCUGGGGAUGAACCACUUCGGAGAUCUGACCGACCAGGAGUUCAAUAAGAUGAAUGGUUUCCGCCCGGAUCCUGCCCUGAGGAAGCUGCCUGUGUUUAACUCGACCGGCAGCCCUGUGCCUCCAACAUCGAUUGACUGGCGAGACAAAGGUUACGUCACCCGUGUGAAGGACCAGGGGGCAUGUGGCUCCUGCUGGGCCUUUUCUGCUACAGGAGCCCUUGAGGGACAACAUUUCAAGAAGACAGGUUGGCUGGUGUCACUGAGUGAACAGAACCUGGUGGAAUGCACCACAAAAUAUAAAUAUAGGAACUGUGGCUGUCAUGGUGGAUUUGUGAAUAUAGCAUUCCAGUAUGUGAUUGACCACGGGAUCACCUCUAACCAGAGCUACCCUUACACUGGGAAGGAUGACCAGCCAUGCCGGUACACCGAACAGCUUAAAGUUACCAGCAUUUCUGACUUCAAAAGGACAGAUUAUAAGGAUGAAAAAAGUCUGAGAGAUGCUGUAGGCACGGUUGGACCUAUCUCCGUCUCUGUUGAUGCUUCUACCUUUAAGCUCUACAAAUCAGGCAUUUACUUCAACCCAGCAUGCACCCAAUCUACUAACCAUGCUGUUCUGGCAGUGGGGUAUGGCAAGGAGAGGAAAGAUACAUUCUGGAUCCUUAAGAACAGCUGGGGACUUGACUGGGGUGAAAAUGGAUACAUGCGUCUGGCAAAGGAUAAAAAAAACCACUGUGGGAUAGCAAACCAGGCCUAUUAUCCCGUCAUCUAAUUAUGCAAUGUGAAGCAAUUACAAAUGUAGCAACAAAAUGACAACAAGGGUGAUAUAUAAAGAGAGAUGAAUUGCGUGUAUAAUAUCUUGUAUGAGAUGCACAGUUCAGAACGUGGUAUUACCUGGUGUGUGAACAGACCCCUGCUUUGUCUUCAGUGUGCUACACCUUAUCCUUUCACCCUUUUGUUUGUGUUUUGCUACAUGCUCUUCAUGAUCCAGAGGGGAAACGUUCUCUCUCUUCAAAUCUAAAUGCUUCAACCACUAGUGACCACAUUGAUUUCUUUGCACCACAAGUUUGCUCAGAGUGAAGAUACCAGUUUAAUAUAUAGAGGUCCACAUUUUCCAAAUACAAUCUUGCGUAUCAGUAUUGUAGUAUUAGACACCAAAGUCAGAGCAGUGCAGCUUGUUCCAGCCUCUUACCACUUACACUCUCCCAUUGAAAUAGUAUAGCUAGUCAACCUCCUGCAAAUUGAGCCUAAAUAUCUUCAUAUAAACAAGACGAGUGUGAUUUGGGGUUUGUGGAACAGGCUGAAAUGUAUUGAUCAUGCCCUGUUCUUCUGUAACCCUUGUCUUAUGGAGCAUUGUGAAACCUUUCCGUUUACCACACAGGCUUGGUUUACACGCUGAGCUUCAAUUAAUCAAACUCUUACAUUGUAAAGCGGGAGGAUAAAUCCUCUAAUUCUGAGUGCAGUGUUAAUGUGCAGGAAAUUCAAUGUUAAUUAUGAUGCGACUUCUGUAUUUCUUUCAAUAAAGCUAUUAGCAUUCUUUGCUGUUUCUGGUAUCUUUAUUUACAAUCAUAAAUCAUAGGACUGUAACAAACCUGCAUUGCACAGCACUGAUACAGAAUGCUUCCCACCUCACUCUCCCACCACAGUCAGCCUCAAGGAGUCUUUUCAGAAGCAAGUAUUUGCUGGAAUAGUUAGUAAGCAUGGCAAACAAUGAAACAAACAUAAAGAAUCAUACACAUACUGUAUAUAUAAUCAUGCACAUAUAAUAGGAUAUUAAACUGGUAAGAACGAACACGAAUAUUCUUCCCAAGUAUUUGCUGGAAUUACAUGGCAAAUAAUGGUGUACGCUUAAACAGAAACAGAAUCAUACAGAACACAUAUUAUUGGUUAUUAAACUGGUAAGAUUAUAUAAAUGGUCUCUUUAGGUUACAGCAAAAGUUAAAGUGUUUACAGCAAUCAAAGCAAAAAAUAUGCACAAAAUAUUCCUAAAUUAGGUCAUUUACAAAAAUACAUAUUUUUCAAUCUAUUUUCUCUCUCUUCUCUCCCUUUUUUAUAUAUACAGUAUCUAUGUAUAUGCAAGAAUUCAAAACAGAGAGCUGCAUUAUACAUCCAAGCGAUCCUUCGGAAUGCAAACCU